AUGUUGAGACUAGUAACUCGUCGACUGUACAGUUUGACACCUGAGGAACGAAUCGUUAUGGAUAAGCUUACAGAUAAACUGAGCCCCAAACAACUUCAAGUUAAAGACAUAAGUGGAGGAUGCGGAUCCAUGUUCGCAAUUGAUGUGACAAGCGACAAGUUUAAAGGUCUGACAGUCAUUAAACAACAUAAAAUGGUCAACCAGAUUCUAAGUGACGAUAUCAAAAGGUGGCAUGGGUUGCAAUUAAAAACUCGGAGCGAAUGA